CCGUAUUAUUUAGUCCUGACAGUUAAAGCGCUCAAGGACUUUCCCGAGCGAACCCUCCGUAAAAUUAGUGCUUAGCCCAGCAAAACACCGUGACACAGCAAGCUCUACGCGCAUUACCUGCGAAUAAACCCAAGAGAGCACCUGACACGAGAGGAAAAGGGCUGUUAUUGUACUUAAAAAGGAAAGUGUAGGUUGUUAUGAUGCACCCAGGGUACUGUAGCAACCGCCGCCUCGGCUCGGACUGAUCAUUGGAAACAGACAGCCAAUAUCUUAUCGCGCGUUCUCAAGGUAAAGGGAAAACAACUCGAAAUUCCCACCCCCGAUCGGGCUUACUUUCAUCCGCUCUUUUAAGGAUAAUACACGCACAUGAGCGACUUUUGCACAGAGUGGGAGUGAAUAACGCGUUUAAACGAAUUGCAAGAAUAGCAGCGUUUGAAUAACAGACGCCCCAAAACCCGAAACUCUGUUCAUUUGCGCUGUCAAAAAGUUAAGACUUUUCUUUUCCGCUGAUUGAGAGCCGCCUAUGCGUCUCUGUCUAUGCACGCGAUUAUACAGCCGUCUGGUUAUUUUCGCGUACGCAGACUCGCGCCGCGCAGCUCCUCUUGUCUGCAACUUUUAAACGGGAAUACUUGAGCAGCCAGAGGAUUUUGUCAAUGAACUUGUUGCGGUGAGUGCCCUUUAAACACUCACGGCCUGUGUCUACUGGAGCGUCUGUUUCUAUACUAUGGAGGUUCCGGUCGAGUCCCCAGACGCAGUUUUUCACGGACCUUACCAAAGCCUUUUUCAAAACGUCCGUGUCGUGCGAGCGAGCAACACCGAGAGUUUGGAUAUUUCGAGCUUAAAGAAGUGCGGCUGCCUGCGCGACUCGACGCCGAGGGAAAUGCGUUUGAACAGGCUGUCUCCCAGCACGGGAUUAUGCUGCUGCCCCGAGAAAGAGUACGAGAGCACGAGUUCACUGAUGGAGGCAGAGACAAGCCGUAUCCAUUUUCUCAAGAGUUUAACAGGAAGCAAAAGCGACUCGUCUUGUGGCGGCUCGGCCCGUAAAGACGCUACCGAAACCAACGGCCGUUGCUCGGGUUCGCGUCGGGGCACGGAAAGCGGAGAGAAAAGCGGUGUCGCAGCUGAAGUUCACUCGAGCCGUGACGCAAGUGUGGCGAGUAGUCGCGCGUGCAGCAGCAGCAGCACCACCAUCUCUGAGACAGCGCGCGAGCUGUGCAAAGCCGUAUCUGUGUCUUUGGGGUUAGCCAUGGAGUCCAGCGAACUGGGCGAGGUGGGACCGCACCACGCUCCGCCAACACCCCUGACCACUGAAAGUAGCACUAAUGACAUCUAUUUGUUUGGUAUGCCUUUGCUAGACUGUUCAUUGAACCAGCGGGAGACAGGAGGUAAACGCGGAGAGUACGCUCUCGCGGCGGGACGAGAAAGAGGCGCGGAGCUGCAGGGGAACGAUAAAGUCCUCGGGAUGUUUAAAAGUGGCCACCUGGAGCAUCUGCCAGGUGAGAGGACGACCUUGCCGUGCAACAACUCAUCUCAUACGCACUUAAGCGCGGACGUGCAGGAGGUGCAUGAGUUCGGCAGCCUGUCCGGGGACAUUGCCAACCUGAGUUCAGAAGGUACAUCGGCGACGACAGCACCGGAUAUGGACGCAUCACGAGCGGCUUCGUGCCAGUUUGAACAACUGUUGCCCGCGAACAUGGCCCAUUACGUCCACCCGGAAUCGGAUCUCAAUAACGGACCGAGUCGGAGCUUUAUGAAGCCCCCGUCAAUGUCUGGUGAGUUUGCGGGGCCCGCGGAGGACAGAUAUUCCGAAUACAUGAAUAUGUACAACGUCAAAAUAAAAGCCGAGAACGAGACCUGGGGUUACCCGCAUAGGUACACGGAGGACGGUAACGGACAAUAUGGGCCUCCCAAACAGAGGACCCCCUACCCUUCUGGCCAUGAAGCGCCAUUUAUCUGUAACCCCUACGAGUACGGGCGAAGCGGGGCUCUGAUGCCGCGAGAGCGACCUCCGCCCGAACAGUGGUACCCGGGCGGGAUGCUGACCCGUCCCCCUUACCCUAACGUGCCCUGUGUAAAAAAUGAGAUGGGCGAGUGGCUGGAUGUAACACCGUUCACGGACGGCAGGUAUGAUGGUGGAAGAAGUGACAUUUUCCCAAUGGAGUUUUUCCUUCCUCCACAAAGGACCUGCCUGAUCUGCUCUGAUGAAGCAUCUGGAUGCCACUAUGGUGCUCUCACUUGCGGAAGCUGCAAAGUUUUCUUUAAAAGAGCUGCUGAGGGGAAGCAGAAGUAUCUCUGCGCUAGCAGGAACGACUGCACCAUAGACAAACUCAGGAGGAAGAACUGCCCGUCCUGUCGUCUGAAAAAGUGUUUUGAGGCGGGGAUGACACUAGGAGCUCGUAAGCUGAGGAAGAUCGGACAGAUGAAGGGUUCAGAAGAGAUGGGCCCCGUCCAGUGCCCAUUGGAGCUUCAAUCCUUGUCCCCCAAGCCGAGCCUGACGUUCCACUCGCAGAUGAUCUUCCUCAACAUUCUGGAGGCCAUCGAGCCCGAGGUGGUAAACGCCGGCCACGAUCACGCUCAGCCCGACUCUGCGGCCGCUCUCCUCACCAGCCUGAACGAACUGGGGGAGAGGCAACUGGUUAAAGUGGUGAAAUGGGCCAAAGGACUUCCAGGUUUCCGUAACCUGCACGUGGAUGAUCAGAUGACUGUCAUACAGCACACCUGGAUGGGAGUGAUGGUCUUUGCUCUGGGUUGGAGGUCCUACAAGAACGCCAACGCGCGGAUGCUGUAUUUCGCGCCGGACCUUGUCUUCAACGAUCGUAGGAUGCAUAUCUCAAGUAUGUACGAGCACUGUGUUCAGAUGAAGCAUCUCUCUCAGGAGUUUGUGCUUCUGCAGGUCACACAGGAAGAGUUUCUCUGUAUGAAGGCCCUCCUUCUUUUCAGCAUCAUUCCAGUAGAGGGGCUGAAGAGUCAAAAGUAUUUUGAUGAGCUGCGUCUGACGUACAUAAAUGAGCUGGAUCGUUUAAUCAACUACGGCAGGAAGAGCAACUGCGCCAUGCGCUUCCAGCAGCUGACCCGGCUGAUGGACUCCCUGCAGCCAAUCGUUCAGAAGUUGCACCAGUUCACCUUCGACCUCUUUGUCCAGGCUCGGUCACUCCCCACAAAGGUCAGCUUUCCCGAAAUGAUUGCAGAAAUAAUCUCGGUCCAGGUGCCAAAGAUCCUCGCCGGCCUGGCUAAACCAAUCCUGUUUCACAAGUGACGACUACAAGAACCACCGAUCCAUACCGACCCCACCCAGGCAAUAUGAGCCAGUCAGUUCGGCCUGAUCCUGUUCGAUCCAGCCUACGCCAGUCGUGACGCUUUUAAUCCGGACUCGAUUUGAGCGACGAGACUGAACGAUACUGAUUUUCUCUUCUCCAUUUUUUUAGCAUUUCUCACUCCCCUCCCUCUCUCUCUCUCUCUUCCUUUCUAUAUUUCAGUCUCCCUCACCCUCGUUUUUGAAAAAUGGCCCUGAAAAGUAGCGGGACCAUUACAUCAUUACAGUUGUCUAUCUUCUUCUCAGAGAUCAUUUGAGCUCAUUUUCUCAAACUGACAGCAUGGUGUGAAGCAGGUUUUGUUCUUUCUUUCGACCAGCAGUUAUCCUUCAAGAGUUACAGCGUGUUGCCUAGUGGACAAGUUGGAAAAAAAUAUCACACUGCAGAUUCAUCUGAGCCCUUAAUCACAAAAAAAAAAAAGGGAAAAAGGACAUUACGCAGAUCCCCAUCAGGUACAGGAGCCUGUGACCUGCCUCGACUCUCUAUGCAUCAUAUCUGCUGGGGAUAAAAAAAGGUUUCGUUCAUUGUCUGUGAUUCGAGCAGACAAAGCAAAACAGCAUGCGUACAGAAAUGCAUCCGAACGUCACGAAAACUGAGACGCACGUGAUUUCGUGCCUGUGACACGUUACUUAAUACAGUCCUGUACUAUAAAAACAGUACAGUGUACGGACAGCAGCGGACUGACAAACCAUCUCCUCUUUGUUUUAUUCGUUUAUUGAUCGCAAAGCAAGUGCUUCAUUUAUUUCUUAUGAAAUAUGGAGGCUCAUCGAUUUGGGAUAUAUUUUGAAGAUUUGUGUUAAAGUGACUUUUGUGUUCGAAUCUAUCAAAGUGGUGUUAGAAAUUUGCAUUUGUUACCGUUUUGCUGAGAAGACACAGCAAGUCGAAACGCAGGGAUUUGCCUCCUUUAGACAGGGCCCAGUUUUUUUCCCCUUUUAUCUCUCCAAUGCCCUUUUUUUUUAAACCUGGAUAUUUAAGUGCGAGGUAUAAUAUUGACAGUUUACCAAACUGUAUAUACACAACAUAAACACAGCAAAGCUUGGAUCAGCAUAGAACCUGCUGAAAUCUAGGCCUAUCUAUAUCUAUAUAUGCAUGCCGUCUUCAUAUCCAUUACAACAAAACAACAAACAAAUAAUUGCAUGCUAAAGCCCUAGAUAUUAUAACAAACCAAACUGCAUUUCCAGUAAGCUAAGUGGAUAUUGUUAGGAAACGGGGCUGUUUCCCAUAAGGCUCUUAUGAAGUUACUCGCUCUCUUUGUCCUUAAUGGAAGAUUUGGCAAGGUAAUGUUCUUGUGUGUGUAUAUAUAUAUAUGUAAAAGUUAAGCGUGGUUCUUUUCAACCUUUCUAUGUGCUAAUGUAUGGAUGUAGUCAAUAGUUUUACAGUACAGUUUCCUCUCUUUCCUUCAUAGUAAGUGCCACCGAGGGAUUUGUAUUUCUCUGCGCUAGCAAUAAGUAAUCACAUGCUUAACAAACACACACAAGCUGUUCUUAGGAUACCAAAGCAUGCUUAAAUGGUGCACAGCUUUAAACAAUAACACAGUUAUAUUAAAACGCAAAAAAAAAAACACCAUUCUUAUCUGCUAACACGGGAUAGUACUGUUAUUUUAUCACACUAAUAAUCGCUUUUACCAAACAUAAUCACCAUCGACUGUCGCAAAACCGCGCCAAGUGGUGCUAAAACUGGGUUUAUUCGAAAAAGGCGAAAAAUCAAAAUGAGACGUCACGUGUAUUUUUACUCGCUUUCGCUUCAAUUAAAGCGUAUUUAUCUGUCAGAACAGAACAUCUUUACCCGCUUUCCACAUACCUGCCGCACGCUCAUAUUUCGUAGUCGUCGUGUCACCUUCUUUCUCCACGCGCUCGGUUUCUAAAUGAUUGAAUAAUGCCUGCAGCGUUAUGUAUGUAGAUUACUCUUUAAAGAGCCCUGAAGUCUCGGCGACGUGUUGUCUUUGUCAGGCCUGGUGUGACCCCGGGUGUACUUUUGGCAGCGCGGCAGCGAGUUUCGCGCCGAGUUAAAACGCAGAGAUGCCGUUAGCUCUCGCCGCAGCCGAGCACGUUGACGGUUUAAAUGUGCCAGCUAGAGAAUAGGCUGUCAGAAACGGCUCCUCUGCUCUGACAGCACCAAGCACCGCGCAAUUACACGCAGGUGUUUACCCAUUUAGACGGCCCGAAAGCACUCAUUAGAAUUUGCAGAACUCCAAACUGCACUUUUACCCUGCCAAAAAAGAGCUCAUGACUUUCCCAGCAAAUAUGUAGCGCUUUAGGAUAAAUACGUUUCAUCAUAAAGACAUUAAUUAGACGUCGGACUAUAAGAGGGCUCGAUCGUAAUUAAUACAACGCCGCUGUCCAGCUUCAGAGUUGAGAUUUGGCUUUGAGAGGGAUACGCUCUCGCUGUCUUACAGUCGUCUGUUUACAGUGGAAAGUUACUCAGAUGUAACACCUCAUUUGGCUCGAGCUGCGCUCAUGAACUGACUUGUGCUUGGAUGGUCCGUAAGCUGAUUUACAUUGUGACUUUCUUAACACAUCUCUUAUGAGCUAUGAUGUAGAACUAUUGUGUGUGUGUGUGCGUGUGUGUGCGUGUGUUGGUUUUCAAUUAAAGUCUUAAAUGGUUUCAGAUCUCCGCUUUAAGAUUUACUCUUACUGUGUGCAAUGUGGUCAGCCAAUAACAAAAGCAUAUGUGUAUGUUUAUAUGCUCUCUUGUAAAUCCGCUCACAGGCUCUGCAUCGCCACCCUUGUAGGUACACCCACAUCACUUUUUUUGUCUGAUUAAAGAAAGCAAUAAGGACAUUUUUGGAGUCGUUUUACAAAACGUUUUUAUAUUGAAUUUGGCCUGCGCUGGAUCUUGUUCGCAUCACGUCCUACCAACGUUUCUGCUUUCAUAUAUAUGUAUAUAGAGGAAACAACAUAAACAAAUGGCUUUUGUGGCCCAAACUUAACUUCCGCAAAGAAUCGAUAACAUCCCUGAGAGUAGUUUAUUUCUGAUAACAAAAGCAAAGUAAAUUACCUUGAUUUAAGCUUAACUACUACACUGAGCUAACGUUACUAUGUAAAAUGAAUGUAUACGUUAGCUACAGAUUUCCCCUCAUCCUUCAAUUUUUUUCAACAAGGCAUUUGUUUCAGAGGUCAGCGUGCGUCCGUCCAUCCGACGAAGCCGGAUCGCAAAACGUUCUGCAUGUCACCAGGAUGUUUCUUGCAGUUAUAAAUUGGUCUUUUAUUACACUAGGGACUUUUUAACCAAAUGAUUUCACCCUGACGUGUGUAUUUUUUUCCUGGCAACGAAGAAAGUCAUUUGGCUUUUUAAAUGCGGAUACUUUUGCAAGGAAUCUGCUGAGAUCUUCUUGACAUAAGUUCAACAAGCUGUAUAUUAAUAAUCGCCUUACAGAAAUGAGAGCACCACACCGGUUCGCUAAUAAAAACUCAUUCAUGUUAACAUGGCAGGCAGAGCUGUAUCUAUUUCCUGUUUUAGCUUUGUAAACCAUAUAAAAACUCCCAUAAUAAAUGUAACAGCUACGUAAAAACAUUUUGCUGGCUGAUACUAAUUAAUCAUUAGCGAAUGCUUUUUUACAGCUUUUUCUCUGGUGUGAAUAAUUCCUGUUUUUCCCUGGUAUUAUGGGAUAUUUUUCGCCUUUCCAUAUACAGACGGAAGAGCUGGAUGGUUGGGCUUUAUAUGAUUAGAGGAGAAAAUUCUGGCUUCUUAAACGAUGUUUGUUACUUCAAUCUUUGUAACUUUAUAGUCUUUUUUUACAGCAGUUGUGUGUGAGGGUGUGAGCGGGUGUGUGUGUGCAUGCACGCUUUUUGCAGAAUAUUUAGUAUUGCUAUGUAGUGUUGUAUUGACACUGUUAACUGACUUUUUUUGAGCAGUUUGCGAACUGAUUUCCACUCAUGGAUAAUCGCUUAUCAGUCGCUUUCGUGCUCUGACUCUUGUUGUUUAGAGCUUGUGUAAAUCGGGUUUGUUUGUGUUUUACCGCUUUCAAUUAAAUAAAAAAACAUUUCAAAAUCAAAUACUUUUCUGUA